UGAUGCUGCAGCUCCAUGCCUGACGCUCAUAAUCCCGCCCCCGCAGCGCCGCCCCCAAACAAACGCAAGACCUCCAAAAGUACUUCGAGAUCAACGACGAAGUGAGGACUUUGCUUCGCCUGGCUUUCGUGUUGCCCUCCAUGUUCAGUUCUCCCGUUUUCGGGUACCUCACUGACAGGUUCUCCAGGAAGUACCUCGUGGCGUUGGGGGUGGGCGUGUGGAGCUUCAGCAACUUGUGUGCAUCCUUCGCCCCGAAAUUAUGGCUUUUCCUGGUGAUGGUGGCUUUGGCGGCCUUGGGUGAGGCGUGUGUCAACGUUGUCGCACCGACUCUCCUCAGCGACUUGUUCGUGGGGGAUAUGCGCUCAAGGCUGCUCUGUGUGUACUAUCUGACGCGGCCCGUGAGCAUUGGAAUCAAGUUUUUGGUGAGAACGCUAGCCCCGAUACUGUUCAGCAACUGGAUGUGGUGUCUGCGUCUCCUCGUAGUCGUGGGGGUCGUCAACAUGGUGCUGGCGCUGGUGAUGCUGCACGAGCCGGCUCGCGGGGAGCUGGACGGGAGGCAGAUGGAAGUCACCAUGUUUGACGAGGACUUGAAGUACCUUUUGAGAAAUAGGAGCUACUUGAUCACGACGCUGGCUCUAUCGGCUGUGCGUUACUGCACGGGGACGUUAGGGCUGUGGUUUUCCCCGCUCUUGUACAAGGGCUUGAAAAUUAAGUACCCUGACAUCGAACCACACUCUGUGUAUUCUUCGAACGAUCUGAUGUUUUUCCUGGGGGGCUCCCUAGGAUUACUGGUGGCCUAUCUUAUUUCACGGAACGUGAAGGAGACGUACCCCCGUGGAGACCCCAUGAUCUGCAGCAUGGGCGUACUGGCGGCGAUGCCGUUCAUCUUCCUUGCCACCGAGCUGACGUACACCGAUAAGUACGCCACCUACGGCGUCCUGUUUUUGGGAUUUUUUUUUUUGAGCAUGAUUUGGGCGAUCACGACGGAUAUCUGUUUGGGAGUUGUGGUGCCUUCGAGGAGAGGGAGCGCCAUCGGCAUAAUGCUGUUCGCCACGAAUGCUCUGGGCCACGCGUGGAGUUCUGAAAUAACGAGAUUAGUGGCUGCUGGGCUGACUCGGUACUACGACAGGAAGGAAAAGAAUCCGAGUAACGACGUUUACGCCAUCCAACACGCAGUGCUUUUGACGCUGCUGGUGGCGAUAGUGGGAGGCAUCUUGUACUUUGUGGCUUCCCUCUUCAUCGCUGAUGACCUGAAGAAGGCGAAGGGGGAUGCCGCCGAGUAAAAGUAGACUUAGGGUUAUGAAAGUGUAUUAACGGAGCAAUAAAA